AUGAACCUGAUCCUCGCAUUCGCCGUCGCUCUCAAGCAUAAACUUCGCUUCGAACCCGACAUCGGCUACGACGAUCUCGCAGGAUUAGUAGGCCACCUCGACACCUUUGCCAAAGAAGCGCAUGAUCGUCAGCGUCUUGUGCCUCCCCAAAAGUCCUUUUGGAAAUCAGCGGGCGAGUACCUGUCAUUGUCAAUCGCAGAGUCCGAUCCCCGGAAACAUGUCAAACGAUCCAAGAAGCCCCUUGGUCAUCUUCCGUUGGAGAUUUUAAACCAUCUGUCUGUGUAUGUCAAUCGGUGGAUUGCGCGCGACGCGCUUAGUUUCAAUGUAUACCAGACGCAAGCGAUCAACAGCCUCGCCAGUCUAAGCGAAGUCGUCACCGGUACCGAACGCGUCCUCGACACGCCCCUCCCAACAGCGUAUACGAUUUCCAUCGCCCAAAUCACCUGGAUCUACGUCCUUGUUCUUCCUUUCCAGCUCUACGACUCCCUCUCAUGGGUGACAAUCCCCGGAUCAAUAGCGGCCGCAUACAUCAUCCUCGGCCUCUCCGCCAUUGGCCGCGAAAUCGAGAACCCAUUCGGCGACGACGUCAAUGACCUCCCCCUGGACACGUACUGCCGUCGCAUCGCCCAAGAACUCGACACCAUCACCGCUAUGCCCCCGCCCAGCGUCGACGACUUCGGUAGCCGCGACGAGAACCUCGUUUUCUUUCCCCAUAGCACCGCUGGAUAUCCGGAGUGGAAAGAGCGCAGUUUUCAUGAUAUAAGGUCGAUGCUAAGGACGAGGGUCAUGGCGAAUGCACAUUCUCCGUUGAAUACGCCGAAUUCGUCGACUAUAUUUGGGGAUAGUAGGCAGUGUUUGAGUCCCGGGGUUUGA